ACGAACGUGCGAAUUCGUGUUCGCUCUCGCGAUAAACCAAAACCAUUAUAUAACUUUACCAUAUUCGUAAAAAAAUACUUCAUCGUGUAGCGUUCCAACUGUAAUACGGCUAUAUCGAAGAGACUGUUCUAAUCGAAGUUAUCGUGCGUAAAUGUGUCGUCCGGUAUUUAGCCGGCUUAUAAACUACACAGUCGGUCGUUACGAAAAUGCAAAAGCGUUCGGUUCAAUGACUUUUCAUAAGUUUGUUUACAAAAUAGGUUUUUGAUGAUUACUUCGAUAUAUCGUGAUACUGCAUUAAUUUUGUUAAUAAUUGUUGUUUUUAAAUUAUCAUAGAUUAUAUACGUUUUAUAUUAAGUAGCAUAGAACAAUGACGGAAAUAGAAUGGACCAACGACCAAGUACUGACAUUAGUUAACGAAUACAAGAAUAGACGUAUGUUAUGGGACCCUAACCACGACAUGUACCGCGUUCAAACAGCUAAAUACGAGGCCUGGUGUGAGUUAGCGGACAUAUUCGAAUGCGAAAUACCAGAUUUACGGAAGAAAUUCAAUUCGAUCUUCGCCUCCCAUCGGCGGGAGAAAUCGAAGGUGCGACUGGGGGGGCGGUCGACUUGGUUCCUGUACAGCCAUUUAAGUUUCCUUCCUAACCACAUUGAAUGUGAUGAAUUAGGAGAGAAUAUCGCCGUGGUCAAGAAACGUAAAAAGAAAGAAAUAAUCGAAGAACAAGAAAUCGAGGAGUCGGCCGAUGAAUACGAAGCAAACGGUGAAGAAAGUCCCGUGCACAUCGUAAUCAAAGAGGAACCGGAAAACAUAGAAAGAACGCCACCUAAAAUAAAGUAUGUCUGUUCAAAACCUCGACUUACGCGAGUCCUUAAACGGAGAAUAGUUAAAGACAACACACUGGCUGAUAGAAAUAAGUUUUUAGAAAGAAAAUUAUACAAACGCUCCGAUCUUUACAAGAAGAAAGACGAAUGUGACAGUUUCGGCGAAUACAUAGCGAUAUCUUUGAGGAAACAUGACGAAAGGACGCGUUCGAUGAUAAAGCAAGCUAUUAAUAAUAUACUCUUUGAACAAGAGAUGAAAAAGUAUAAUAAUUCUGCACAGUACGCUGUAGUUAUAUCCAAUAUGGAUGAAAAUCCUCUCAUCAUAGGUGAUGAAUGUGAAAAAUGAUGGACGAACUGUUACUAUAGUGAUUAUCUCUUAUAAAUAAUUAUGUUUAAAAAGUAUAUAUUAUGUUCUGUAUCC